AUGGAUCUGAAGAGCGAUGGUUCGCAAGUGGAGCGUGAAAUCAAUGAGUGCAUCGCAGUCAAGGACUGGAGGAAAGUGAUCGAAUUCGGUCAGGAGGCACCAUUCGAAGAACGAGUCAAGUUCCUGUGGGUUUGGCCCUUGCAGGAGGACCUAGAACGAAUACAAAUCUGCUUCGCAAGGCUAGGUAUUAGUCGAGUGCUCAGUAUUGGCUGCGGGACAGGACUUUUGGAGUGGCUGAUAACUAGUGCGACAGGUAUUCACAUCGCCGGCGUUGAGAAGGACGAAAAUUGGUGGAGAUCAAAGCAUGCAACGACAACGUACAUUCCCAUGCAGUUUGCGGAAGCACUGCGCGAUGUUAGCCAAGGUUGGCAUGCUUUGAUGUUUUGCUAUUUCAACGAUGGCUGUGCGUUUCGUGAGUAUGUGAGGAAUUUCAACGGCUGCUAUGUGAUCAUCAUUGGACCUCGAGAUGGGAAAGGCAUUCAUACCGAUCCGAUGCCAUUCGACGUGAAGUUCCCCAGCGAGCAAAGCUGGGAAUGGGUCUGCCAGUUCCGAAUCGGCAACGAAAAUCGAAAUCAUGUUGUGAUUUAUCAGAAACAAUGAGAAAAUUAAAGCAGCAUGGCGAAACUAUAUUCUUA